ACCGAGCCGGAAGCGGAAGGGCAGGGCCGGUGCUGCAGCAACGGAAAGGCAGCAGAGCCCCGGCAAAAGCUCUGCGCUGCGCUCCGCUGCAGCUUUCUCGGGCCGGAGAAAAGCCGAAACAAACAAACGAACGAGAGAGGGAGAGAGGGGCAUCGGAAGGGGAGAAGUCGAGAAAGUGAGCGAAGGCGCUGUCGCUGGUGAGGACAUGCUCACGGCAGGGAGGCAUGGGCGCAAACCAUAGGGUGGGGAGAGCGGCGACCACUUCUCGUCUCGGUCCUCGCGUGCUCUGCUGCCGGGUUGGGUCGGCUGGCUGCCUGCAUCGUAGUCGUAGGGGCGGGCUUCCGCUACGGUGGUGUGUGAUCGAUCCGUAAGCCGCUGCUGGUGCCGGCGAUGGACGCGCAGCAGCUGGAUUUGUUCCUGCGUCAUCAGAGCAUGGCCAACAUCUGCGAGAGCGAGGACGCGCUGGGGUCGUCGGAGUCGGAGCCCGCGAGGCCGGCGCGCCCGCGCGGCAAGAGGAGCCGCGCCGCCGAGGUGCACAACCUCUCCGAGAAGAGGAGGAGGAGCAGGAUCAACGAGAAGAUGAAGGCGCUGCAGACCCUCGUACCCAACUCGAGCAAGACGGACAAGGCCUCCAUGCUUGACGAUGCCAUUGAGUACCUGAAGCAGCUUCAGCUACAGGUGCAGAUGUUGUCUAUGAGGAAUGGCCUUUAUCUCCCCCCAGCAAACUUAUCUGGAGUACCUGAGGCUCUGGCACCCUCAGAAGUCUGUGCCAUGCUUAACAAAAGUGGUGUCAAGGCAUCAGAUUCUGGGGUUGCCCUACUUCCUGUGAACCAAAGUUCUGUAGCUCAUCAUUCAUUUAAUCCACCAAAUCAUGACCAACGGCAUAACAAAUUACUUGUCUUGCAAAGUAUCCCUACUAGUUCAACGACCAUAGCUCGAUUCCUUCAAGAGCCAGCUCAGGCCAACCUUCAAUCCUUUCAGCUAGCUGUACAUCCUGAGAUGAUCUUCAAGGAGGACAUGAUGUUAAAGCAUCGCCUAACUUCAGUUCAGGAAACCACAUCUUUACCAGGGCAUGAGGUCAAGCUUGCUAGUCAGGAAGCAUGUAUGGUGAAUUCUGGUCGUUUCGAUAGAGGUUCACAAAGGAAAGAAGUAGCACGAGACAUGAUGCCGAAAAACACUGAAAGUGUACUAUUUAUGCCAUACUUGCACAGCUUGCAAAGCGGUGACGCCAAUGGAGGUCCGAGGGCAGAAUCAAGCUAGCUGCAUAAUGGAUAGACCGUUCCGAAUGCUUUUUCCCCUUAGGAUGCUUCAUUUUGGCAGGACAGUGCAAGAGUACUAACUAGGAGAAGCAAGUUCCCACGAUUGUCAGCCCCACCUUGUGGAGCUGAUUGUGAGCACUGAGCAGCUAAAUCAGGUUGUAGCCUGAUAGACUAAUUUGUAAAGAAAGACCUCAGUCAACUUGCAAAUAUAUCCACUAUGGACUUUAAGGGAUAUAUUAAUCAUGCAUAUGCUGAAUUAGUAAGGCCACACUGAGCAGUAAUUGGGUGAAUGGAUUGCUUGGCCAUCAGCA